UCACUUACUGAAUGAAUGAAACACAAACCAAGGAGUCACAGCUUUGUUAGCCUAGGAUAAGAUCUACCCACAGAAGCAUUUGUUCGCUUAUCAGAAUAUAAUUUUAAAUUUGCUAUCAGGAAGGUUUUUGAGCAGCUAAACUUCAGAUGGGCCGAAUGAGAAAGAGCACAGGCUUUGCAAAUGGACAGACCUGGGUUUAAAGUCCUCUCCUUGGCUGUGCCAACUUGAUUCUUUGUAAACCCCCUGAGCUUCGAUGUUCUCACCUAUAAAAUGGAGAUGAUAAUCUUCCAGGCAAGUGAAGCUGAGGUGAGAUAAGGAAGGAAUGUAAAACACUGGUUCCAGGCCCUAGUCCCAGGUAGAUGCUCAAUAAUGGGAUUUAUCGAUUCAGUGGCAUGCUGCAGGUGGCCUGCACAGGCCCAUGGAAGCCAAGUGACUGUGCACAUCUCCCAAUUCCAAGUCCAGUGAUGCUCUUGUUCGUAGCUUGAAAUGGGUAGUGGUGGGAGUAUUUACACCAUGAAAAUUAGCAAACACUACAAAUCAGGACUCUUCUGAGUCACAUUCAAACAUUUACCAGACAUUCUAGGUUACUGUUAUUAUUACUGAGAGUAAUAACAACUCAUUCACUCCAGUUAGACUCGAUGCACGUCAGUUUGCCUAAUUUUACUGAUGUCACUUGCUCAUUUCAGUCAGAACCAGCCAAUUCAACAAAAUGGUUAAUUGGUUUACCCUCAGCCCCCAUUUUCAGAAGCUAUGAGCCUUGCUGGGAAUUCUGUCUCACAGUGCUGCAGGGAGGGACCCAACUCCGUCCAGAUGGCCCACUGGACACGUUUCCUGACGUAGCCUCUCACACACUCAGAGAAACAGGAAGACCUUACCUUGCUUGCUCCAAGCAAAAGCUGGGUCAGCAGUUCCAGGGUUCCCAGGGGUUUUCAAGAGCCCUUGUCACUGUGAGAUGGUGUGUUUGUCACACACGAGCUGGUUUCUUACCCAGAUCUGUCUCUGUGUGGGAGUCGGGGUCCUGUCGCUCUUCUUGAGCUCCAGGCUGCCACGUCUAGGGAAGCCCAGGGCAGGCUCAUCUGGGCGGACACCUCUCCCACCCACACUUCCACCUCCACCCUGGAACAUGACCCCCUUUCUGAGCCCCUCCCACACCACGCUGGUCCUCUGGUGUGCCCUAUGGGAGGGACAAGGGGCGGUGAGAAGAUUCCGGCUUCUUGAAAGCCUGAGGUAGUCAGCGUCCCUGGAAAAGGGAGAAGUUGCCUGGUGACCGCGCCUGGAUGUCUCCCGUAGGGGCUGACCAGAAAGGGGAAGUGGUCAGGCUGGUGCUCACUGUCUCUGGGGUGCGCGAGGGCUUGUAUGAGCGAGGAACGCCUCUCACCAGCUGCGCCUGAGCUGCGACAUUCAGGCCACCACUGUCUCCUCAGCCACUCACAUCUGGAUACCUUCCAUGGUUCAGGGCUCUUUUGCACGCAUCAUCUCUCGGAAGCUUUUCAGAAGCCUGCAAGGAGGCAGUUCUGUUUUGAAAAGAAAGAUUUGUCAGCUUGGCGCCAGCACAGCAAAGAGAGCGAGGACUCAUCAGACUGGACUGAGCUGGACUCUCAGGAUUCCCCUGCAAUGAGUUGGUGGGAGACCAAUUUCUGGAUCAUCUUAGCUGUCGCCAUGAUCAUUGUCUCCGUGGGCCUGGGCCUCAUCCUGUUCUGUGUCUGCAGGUGGCAUUUUAGACAAGGUAAGAAAUGGGAAAUCGCCAAGCCCUUGAAACAGAACAAAACAGAGGAAGAAAAGAUGUAUGAGAAUGUUCACAACGAAUCGCCAGUACAUUUGCCCCCUCUGCCACCCAGGGGUUUGCUUUCUUCAGAAGACUCCUCCCCACAGGAAACCCAAAGUCAGCCACCAGCUACCUACUCCUUGAUAAGUAAAGUUAAAAAUAAGCAGACUGUUUCCAUCCCGAGCUAUAUUGAGCCUGAAGAUGACUAUGACGAUGUUGAGAUGCCUGCAAAUACUGAAAACCGUCAUUUUGAAACAACCAUUUCUUCUUUUUGGCAAGCCGAAGAUGGUUCACACAGCUUAUUUUAAAACAAUCAGGAUGGUUCGACUUCAAUACAUCUCCAGGUCCCGAAAGCCAGUGGGAAUUUAUGAAGCUCUCUAAGACAAGGCACUUCCUAAACAUUAUUUGAAGAUACCUUAGCGAUCAGAUGACUGCAGCCAGAGGAAAGAUGCGGAUGCUCAGCCGUGAGGACUAAGAGGGGUCAGCCCCCAUGCUUCUGUUGAGGAAGUGUCCAUGGGGAGGACCACAGGGCUCCACAGCUCCCACCUGCAAGAAAUGACUCAUGUUUGGGAACUCUUUCCCUUUCGUUCCCCUGGUUUGCAUGGUUCUAAGUGAUCUUAAGUCUCGGAGUUUGAUUGUGCAGAGCCUCCCAGGCUUCCAUCCCCACCCAGGCCCUCGCCAAGCACGCUGGUCUUCCCUCCCCCUACCCACCCCCCCACCUACCUCCUGCACCAAGAGGCUCUGGGGUGGCAGUUACAGCUGAGUGCUCUUGUGUGCAAGUCCCCACACCACACCUUGUGAGUUUGCAGGAACAGGGAGUACUUUUUGUUCUUGUGACCUCCCCCACACCUGCACACACCCCAAACCCCCGUACCUUUAUAUGAUGUAGGCCAAACCAACCAGAGAUUUAAGCUCUGACCUAGGUUUUUUCCUAUGCUUACGGGCUGCACUUUAAUGAUCAAUAAAGGACAAAAGUUACCUUCUGAUUUACACCUGGAGAUGUCGUUUUGCAGUAGGUGUGUUGGGGGGGGGGCUACAGGAAAAGUAGGUUCCCCCAGGAAGAAAAUCAAAGGGAUUAGGAAAGAAAGGGGCCAUUUAGUGUCAUAUUCAAGAUGAGAGUUUAGGAGACUUAACAUCCCCUUUCCAUAAUUUUCAUUAUUACUUCUCCCUUUACACAGAGUUCUAUGAAAACAGCCUCAAGCCCCUUCCUUCCAGAUCACUGUCCCUGAGCAUCUGGGAGGCAGGAAGUCGUGUGAUGUGCUGCAGCCAGAGAGACGCAGGGCAGUGAGCUGCUGUCCUGUUAAACAAUUGCCCCAGAGGCCCAGGUCAGCUUUGUAGGGUCCUAGACCUCAUCAGUCCCUUCUAGUUGAUCAGCUAGACUUGACUCACCCUAGCCAUACUCCCAAGAUGCUGAGUUCUAAGCAAUAUCUGGGAAGUUUGGUCAAUGAGCGGGCUUGCAGAGAGAACACCACGAACCUAGACAGCCCUGAUAGUGCCCUCCCUGUACCAGGCUCCUUCUCAAGAGAGGGGAACUUGGGUUCCUGCCACAUUCAAGCUUUCCCACUCAACCAAUGCUGGAACAGUGGCUUCCUCCCUGGUUCUCUCUUUCUAGACUCUGUGAAGACUUCCAGCUUUCAGUUAAUACCUCUUCAUUGUAGGCCAGUGGUUCAUUCUCUAACUAUAUAGCCUUAUGCAACUCUGGUAUCCCAUGAGCUAAAGAGGACUCUUUUCCUGAAUUAUAGAAGAAAACAAGUCAAAGGAUGGAAAUGUUUGAAACACAUGCCUUCCUCUUAUAAAUUUUCUGUAAAC